CGAUGCUUUCUAGAGCUCUUUCGCGCGUGUUCGUCUUGCCUUGUAGGAGGUCAGUCCUCACGGCCACUCUGUCAAGUACGGCAUCGGCUUUUACAGAUGCUGCGACCCCAAAGAGAAGAGGGAGACCGCCCCGAACUGAUACAACGAACCCUAAACCAAGCACAGAAGAGUCCGCCAGUCCCCCGAAGAAACGCGGUCGCCGACCAAAGGAGCCACAAACCGUGAAUGAGCUUACUACCAAAUCUGGUGCUGGCAAGGUCAUACACUCCCCUGCCCCACCGCGUCCUGUCGCCUCGAAGCCAGCAGUAAUCAUUCCAGCGGAUAAAUGGGAGCUACCGCCGCUCGAAACUUGGUCUGACGUUUUCCCCACCUCAGGGCAAGCAUCGACCAAGCCGCCCAUGAUGUUUGCGGACCGUGUCACCCUCAGGGACCCGGACACGGCUUGGGGCCUAGCAAAUGCUUUCAUCCCAGAGAUAGCCCGUGACAAAGUCAUUAUAGAGGCAUUCCCAGGGCCUGGUGUUUUAACCAGAGCGCUUCUUGAUUUGCCUCGAGAACGAGUGCAAAAGAUAAUCCUUCUCGAGGAUGUGAAAGUGUUUCGAGAGUAUCUUGAGCCUCUCGCUAAAGCAGACCCACGGAUAGAAAUCAUUCCCCUCAACGCAGUUAACUGGGAUACAUAUGAGCAAAUAGACCUGAACAAACUCGGUGUUCAGUCGUUACCAUGGGACGAACCUCAUCCUAAUCUUCAUUGGAUUGCUCAGCUCCCGGUGUCUUCCAUGGGUGAACAACUCAUGUCUCAGCUCAUGAGAUGCAUUCCAGACAAAUCUUGGCUGUUCAACUAUGGCCGGAUCCCGAUGAGUGUCCUCAUGUACGACUGGGUUUGGGAGCGCAUGUCUGCCAACAUGUCCAACCGAGCACGGUGUAAACUAACAAUGAUGACAAAAGCUGCAGCGGAGGCGGACCUUGCUGUUGAUCCCGAUCUUCUUACCCCUCCUGGUGAUAAAUUUUACCCAGGGUCUGUCCUACAUAGGUCAGGAAAGACACGACCUGUGGUCCCUAUGGCUGCUGUCAAUUUCUUGCCCCACUUAAAGCCAUCAAUCAAACCUGGGAUGGUAGAUAAGUGGGAUUAUUGCCUGAGGCGUUUGUAUGUGCAGAAGAGCACUCCUUUGGAGAAAGCUGUCGGUAAUCUCGCCCCUGGCGCACAGACUCUUCUUAGGUAUCUAACAGAUCCUAGCGCGCAUCCAUCGGAACGGUUAGAUGUAAAGAAAGCGAUCAGGACGAUGGAUCCAAGAGAUUGGGCUGCUUUUAUCAGCGCUUUUGAUAGAUGGCCUUUCGCUCCUGAGGAUUUGUCGAUAUCUAAUUCGUUCACGCAUCAGGAACGCGACUCCUAAUGCAUAUAUAGUGAUAUUCAUAUACAUCACUGUAUAUAUACCUCUUCAUUUGAAUGUAUGCUGCAUUGCAUGCGGGCAACGAAG